CGUAUCUCUCGUAGUUAGUUAAAGUUCUCUCUCAUAUGUCUUGUUCUUGUCCUUGCAUGUUUUCUGUUAUUCUUGUUUAGUUUUCCUCAAACAUAGCAAAUCCACAUCCAAUUACACAACCUCAUCUUCAACGUUCCUUCAUCUUUUUUCUCAUUUUCUAUCUCUACACCGUGCUAGCUAGCAAGGAAUUUCUCCAAUCUCAGGGGAGUUCUCAGUCUCCAUGCAUGUAUAACACCUCAACAAAUAUUUGAACUUUAUAUCAUCAAUUCAACAAUGAGAGAUUUGAAUUCAGAUAAUAGCUGUAUUUCACCAAAAACUCCAAAUUUUCGGCAAAGAAGACGCUCAAAUGAGUUUCCUCCUGAAAUAAGCAAAUCAAAUGGAGCCAUUUUACUUGUAAAUGAUAAAUAUAAAUACAGAUCAAUGUGGAUACGUGCAUAUUCAUCUCUAUGGAUGCUAGCAUUUGUCUCACUUAUCAUAUAUAUGGGUCAUCUUUACAUCUGGGCUAUGGUGGUUGUUAUCCAAAUAUUUAUGGCUAGUGAGCUCUUCAAUCUAUUGAGAAUAGCUAGUCAAGAUAAACGUCUCCCCAAGUUUAAGCUCUUGAAUUGGCAUUUUUUCUUCACGGCGAUGCUAUACGUAUACGGCCGUAUUCUCAGUCAACACCUUGUGAAUACAGUGACAUCAGAUAAAUUUUUCUAUAGACUUGUCAGCAACCUCAUCAAGUAUCAGAUGGUUAUAUGUUACUUCUUAUAUAUUGCAGGUUUUGUAUGGUUUAUUCUUUCAUUAAAGAAGAGAUACUACAAAUAUCAAUUUGGCCAGUAUGCAUGGACACAUAUGAUACUUAUUGUCGUGUUUACACAGUCUGCAUUCACGGUAGCUAAUAUAUUUCAAGGAAUUUUCUGGUUUCUUUUCCCUGCAUCUCUAAUUGCUAUGAAUGAUGUUGCUGCAUAUUUCUUUGGUUUCUUCUUUGGGAAAACACCUCUGAUCAAGUUAUCUCCAAAGAAAACAUGGGAAGGUUUUAUUGGAGCAUCUGUUGCAACUAUGAUUGCGGCAUUUACGUUUGCAAACUUUUUGGGACGCUUCAAUUGGUUAACAUGUCCAAGGAAGGAUUUAUCAACUGGUUGGCUUGAGUGUGACCCUGACCCAAUUUUUAAGCCAGAGUACAUUCCAAUGCCAGGAUUUGUUUCUCAUUGGAUUCCUGAGAAAGAGAUCGCAGUUUUGCCAGUACAGUGGCAUGCCUUGUGGCUAGGACUAUUUGCAUCCAUCAUAGCACCAUUCGGAGGAUUUUUCGCUAGCGGUUUCAAAAGAGCUUUUAAAAUCAAGGACUUUGGUGACAGUAUACCUGGACAUGGUGGAUUUACUGACAGAAUGGACUGCCAGAUGGUGAUGGCAGUUUUUGUUUACAUUUACCAUCAGUCAUUUAUUGUCCCCCAUGACUAUACCAUUGAUGUACUUUUGGACCAGAUAAUGAGGGACCUUGGUUUUGAGGAGCAGCUGGCUCUUUAUACAAGACUUGGGCAGAUAUUACAUGAAAGGCAAUUAAUGCAUACAUGACAAGUUCACUAUGUACAUUCUAUCAAGCAUGCUUCAAUUGGUGUUACAAAUGAUGAAGAUUGAUAAAGAAUCUUUUUGAGGCCACUCUUUUUUAACUGCUGAGUAUAUUUGGAAGUGAGUACAGAGAUCCUUGAAUAUCACAUUGCUUAUUUCCAUUUUGGGAUUGACAUUGACAUUUUAAGCAUGUGUGUGGCGAGAAAUAUAUCGGUGUUUUUCGA